UGUGUCCGCCUGCGCUUUCUCCUUCAGUGAGAUACACUGAAGACCACUGCGAAACUCCACACACUCCGUUGUAAAUUUAAGCUCUCCUUUUGACCUUUGAGCUCAGUCUGAGCUGUCAGUCUGGUUACAGCUUCGUCGAAACAACAACAUGGUAGAGAAAGUGGGGAUUGUGUUGCAGAAGGAGGACAAGACGGAAACAGGCGUGCAGGGAAAAAACAAAGAUGUCUGUGUGACAUGUCUGCACCACGCCCUAAAGGGUCAUGGAACAAUGACUGUCCCCCCAACAUACUCAGACUUGGGAAAAUCUGCCAAAGACAUCUUCAGCAAGGGCUACGGCUACGGAGUUCUGAAGCUGGAUGUCAAGACCAAAUCUCAGAGUGGUGUUAUGGAGUUUGCUACCUUAGGCUCCAGCAACACAGACACGGGGAAGUCAGGAGGCCACCUGGAGACGAAGUACAAACUGAGUGAUCUGGGUCUCACUUUCAACCAGAAAUGGACCACAGACAACACUCUGACCACGGAAAUCACCAUGGAGGACCAGCUGGCUAAAGGGCUAAAGCUUGGAUUGGACACAUCAUUUGUGCCCAACACCGGGAAGAAGAGUGCCAAACUGAAGACUGGAUACAAGCGGGACUACAUAAACCUGGGCUGUGACCUGGACUUUGACAUGGCCGGUCCCACAGUUCACGCGAGCACUGUCCUGGGCUUCGAGGGCUGGCUCGUGGGCUACCAGCUGGCCUUCGACACCGCCAAGUCUAAACUGAUUAAAAACAACUUGGCCUUUGGAUACAAGGCCGGUGACUUCCAGCUGCACACCCACGUUAAUGAUGGUACAGAGUUUGGGGGCUCCAUUUACCAGAAGUUAAACGGCAACUUGGAGACAGCGGUGAACCUGGCCUGGACAUCAGGAAGCAACAACACACGCUUUGGAAUUGGAGCCAAAUACCAGCUUGAUAAGGACGCCUCCCUGUCGGCAAAGGUCAGCAAUGCCUGCCUCGUUGGAGUCGGAUAUACGCAAACCCUCAGGCCAGGAGUGAAGCUCACCCUCUCGGCGCUGAUCGACGGGAAGAGCGUGAACGGCGGAGGACACAAAGUCGGCAUUGGAUUUGAGCUGGAAGCUUAAAGAUGUAGCAGAGAACCGAGAGGCAAUAAAAAAAAACAGCCCCAAAUGUGACGACACUGCAGUAGUUCACUCAGCAACACGUGAACACAUCGUUCCUCUGAGUCCAGCACACACACACAGACAUGCACAGAUAUACACACAUUCUUUGGCCUUAACCCUGAAACCCCAGUAGCCUCCAAGACCUACAGUACUGUAUAAUUGUCACCGAAUCAUAACUUAUUUUUACAUUUUACAAUAUGCACAACUCUCAACACAAACCAACACAAUAUAGGAACAUAUUUUAGAAGAAUACAAAAAGCAAUAUUAUUAACAGAUAAAAGUGCACUUUCAACUAGAGCAUUUGUUUCAGAUAUUGUGACUUCUGAGGCACAUUGUCAUUUUGUCUGGUUGGUUAUGUUCAGUUGGAUUAUGGUAGGAUUAUUAUAGGCUGCUUGUUUUGGAGUGUUGUGGUUUCAUUGCAUGAUUUCAAGGCUUUUGAGAAAGUGUGUACAAACAGAUGCAAUAAAGAUUGGAGAGAGUUUGGUCAAAAAACAAGAAAAGAUAAAACCUCCUCCUCAGGCUGAGCAAACCGACUUUGAUUCUUCUUGACCUCAAUAACAAACUGUAUAUCCUCAGCUGCCUAAAUGUCUAUUUUUCAGGCCCUAUUUGGUUAAAAAGAAAGGGGGUCAUUGCUAUUUGGAUCUCCGUGUCAACAAGUCUAGUCAUGUUUCAGCCUUUGUCACCACAUUUUACAACUGUGCUGUGGUAAUAUAGAAAAUAUUGUCAGCACUUAGGACCUCAAAAGAAGUUUAUUGAAUAAAUGAAAUAAAGAACGUCAAAUACCACAA